UCGAAGGCGACGAUGUGACAAUGUCUUGCUCCCUGGACGUCCCCAUCCAGUACUGCUAUAUCCUUGCUAAUAACGGCACCGUCUACAAUGCUGGUCCUUCAUCCACCAACACAACGUUCGAAAAUUUAGUAUGGAACGUUGGAAGUUCCGUCAAUGUGACCAUUGGUCCAAAAGAUACGGUCUACUGCAGUAUUAGAGACGACAGAUACCAAACGGUUUCCGAAGGACCCGGUCCAUGCAGAAUCGUCGUGGACAGAGUAACUAUAUAUCACAAAGGACUAUGGACUGUCUUUUAUGGCGAGGCGGGCACAGAUGUAUAUCGAAAUAGCACUUUCGAAGUGCAGGUGACAGGAGACAUAUACGCGGGGGCUAUCCCGGUGUUGGCGUAUGAGGGCGAGGAGUUAAUUAUGUCUUGUCCCGCGGGUACGGCCAUACGCUACUGCUACAUCAUUGCACCCAAUGGUACAGUCUACAAUAUUGAUCCUUGCUCUGUUUCAAGAAUAGCUGGUGGAGGCGUCGCUACCAUCAAUGAGUAUCCCUUCUCUGCAGCCCUACUGACCAAUAGAGGCUCGGGGGCUUACGUCCAGACUUGUGGAGGGUCCAUCAUCACAGCCAACGCUAUUUUAUCCGCCGCAUCAUGCUUUCACGUGAAUGGAGUUUUAAAUCCUGCCACCUGGUGGCGAGCUAGGGUUGGUUCCACCAACGCGAACUCGGGAGGUACGAUCUACAUCAUCAAUCGCAUCACAGCUCACGAGAACUUCUCGCCCACAACCUAUGUCAACGAUAUCGCAGUGUUGAGAACCCACCUUAACAUUGGUCUUACGCCGAAUUUGACUGCGGUUGCUAACAUCGCUGGCGGUGGCUACACAUACGCUGUUAAUCAAGAAGUCUUUGCUAUCGGGUGGGGAGUUACUUCUAACAGCAACCCAAUGCCGUCUGAGCAGCUGCAGGUAGCCCAGGUGUGGCUGAUCAACCAGCAGACCUGUCAGAACAGGCAUUCUGACACAGGGUUCACGGUGAACGACAACAUGAUCUGCGCAGGAUGGCUCGAUGUCGGCGUGAGAGGACAAUGCGCGGGUGACGUAGGCAGCCCACUCCUGGACAGUAAUGGAGCCGUCAUCGGCGUGUUCUCUCGAGCUCAGGGCUGCGCCGACCUGUUUUACCCUGAUAUCAACACCCGCGUCUCUGCGUACACUAGGUGGAUCAUUGCAGCAGCCCUUGUAUAAUUAAAUUGUUAAUAAACUUUAUUAUAUUCUUAA